GGGCGGAGGGUGGCCGGUCUCGACGAGCCAUCGGGACCCUGACGGUCCUGCAACGCGUGGCUGAGGUGCCAGCUCGCCCGAAAUAGCCCCGGGGGAGCCACUGAAACCCGGCCCCCCGGCGGUAAUCGGAGAGUCGCAGCCGCUCCGGCGCCCGGACCCUGGGUCCUCGCCACCCGCAACACAGCCCUAACCUGUCCCUGAGUGUGGUGCUGGGGGGGGGGGGAGGUUGUCCCAGCUAUUGUGUGGGCCAACCCCUUUCCUGGACCAGCAGAAACCCAGAGGGGCUGCAGCCUUCCCAAGAAGGAGCAGGCAGAAUGUGCCUCAGCGACAUUGGUGUCCUGGUGAAAAUGCUUCAGGAAUUCCCAAGCCGCAUCCCAGGCAGUGCCACCACCCAUCCCCAACCCCACACUCUCAGACUGCCUGCUGAUGCUGGUCUACAAGGACAGGUGUGAACGUUCAAAGGGCCUGCGGGAGCGCAGCAGCCUCACCCUGGAGGACAUCUGUGGCCUGGAGCCUGCCCUGCCCUAUGAGGGCCUGGCCCACACCCUGGCUAUCAUCUGCCUGUCUCAGGCCAUCAUGCUGGGCUUUGACAGCCACGAGGCCAUGUGUGCCUGGGACACUCGUAUCCGCUAUGCAUUGGGCGAGGUGCAUCGGUUCCAUGUGACGGUAGCUCCUGGCACCAAACUGGAGAGUGGUCCAGCCACUCUUCAUCUCUGCAAUGACAUCCUGGUCCUGGCCAGAGACAUCCCUCCAACUGUCACGGGGCAGUGGAAGUUGUCUGAUCUCCGGCGUUAUGGGGCUGUGCCAAAUGGAUUCAUCUUUGAAGGCGGGACCAGGUGUGGGUACUGGGCUGGAGUCUUCUUCUUGUCCUCAGCUGAGGGAGAGCAGAUCAGCUUCCUGUUUGACUGCAUUGUCCGAGGCAUCUCCCCAACCAAAGGCCCAUUUGGGCUUCGGCCAGUUCUCCCAGACCCAAGUUCUGGGGGACCCUCAGCCUCAGAAGAGCGUGUUGCCCAGGAAGCACUGGAGGCCCUGCAGCUAGAGAAGAGGCUCAGCCUGCUUUCACACUCUGGCCGGCCAGGCAGUGGAGGGGAUGAUCGAAGUCUAUCCAGUUCCUCUUCUGAGGCCAGCCACUCAGACAUCAGCGCCAGCAGCCGGCUCACUGCAUGGCCAGAGCAGUCCUCGUCCUCAGCCAGCACAUCGCAAGAAGGACCAGGGCUGGUGGCUGCCCAGGGCCCAGGGGAAGCCAUGCUGGGAGCCUCAAGGCCACCCCUCAAGCCACUGCGGCCUCGGCAGUUACAGGAGGUUGGCCGCCAGAGCUCCUCUGACAGUGGCAUUGCCACAGGCAGCCACUCCUCCUACUCUGGCAGCUUCUCAUCCUAUGCGGGCAGCAACCUGGACGUGUGGCGGGCUGGCGAGGAAUUCGGUUCUCUGCUCAGCCUGCCCCCUGGAGCCAGCGCACCUGAGCCCAGACUGUGCGCCUGCCCACCUGGGGCGGCCGAGUACCAGGUGCCCACUUCAUUGCGACACCACUACGACACACCUCGAAGCCUACGCCAGGCCCCCAGAGACCCAAGCCCCGCCUCUCAGGGCGGCUCUGACCACAGUUCAGCUACAGACUCGGGUGGUCAGGCACCCACGGGGUCUCCCUCCAGUUGUCUGGGAGCUCGAAGACGGGGGCAGGCAACGGAAGGCCCAGGCAGUGAAGCUGUGCUGCCCAGUCCAUCCCCUGGCGAGUCCUGGGAAGCAGGCAGCCCUCAUACUGGGCCACCUCCAGCUUUCUUUUUGUCUUGUUCAAUCUGUGGCGGACUCAAGGUCACGGCUACUUCAUCCACUGGACUCACUGUGACGCAUCCAGGAUCCCCAGGGGUGGCUGCUGACAGCCCUGGGCCUGAACGACCACACGGCGAGACGCCCACGUAUGUGAAUAUCCCCAUCAGCCCCACCUCCAGACUGCAGCUGCAUUACAUGGACCUAGAGCUCUCGGGAGCCAGUGGGGGUGUGCGAGGGGUCAGCGCCUCCCGCUAUGCACAGAUUGACAUCACAGCUACGGAGACGGCACAUCGCGUAGGGGUCCAGCACGCGCAGAACCGGGAGGAACGAUUGCCAGAGUUGGAGCAGCGGAAGAAGGGACCCUGAGCUGAGGCUGCAGCUCAGGCUGGGACUGGCCAGCCGGACUGUCCAACAGAGACAGGAAGGCUGUGGUUGGCCUUUGUGCAUCGUUGGAAUGAGUGGUCGUAGGUUCUGGGCCCACACCAUAUCAGUUCAUUCCAAUGUGUGAAAGCCGUGUAGCAGCCUCCUCUUUGCCAGCAGGGGCUCUUGCCUUACUGGUGCCUAAGACUUGACCUGAACAAGUUCUCCUAGGCCACGGGGCCACCAACAGACCCAUCUCCAUGUUUUGGUAGCCUCAGUGUCAGCCAAACAGCACUGCUAAGCCACCCAGUGGGACUGGGAAGUCCCCCAGGCCUGGAAUGCAAGCUGCACUACCCAUCCCGGACGGAAGAGGUGACCAUGGUGACAGCAGAGCACUCUAAAGCCGGUUCUGUAUCCAGAGGGACCUGUGACUUGCCACUGAUGAGCCACUGAGUGGCUCUGCUGCUGGGACACUGCAGCAGCCUUCCCUACCUUCUCCUGCAGUGUCUCCCUUGAGCUAGGCCCUGUGCCUUAGGAUGAAGGCCACGGUGGGGACAGGACUGUUCCCUCUUGUCAUCAUGUUGGGACCUACUCCAGUAGCUGGGUAAAUUGUCUUAAAUCCCUACUGUUAUAUUUUUAACAAUUUAUAUUAUUUUCCAAAGCUGUGAGGUUUUUCACGUGUGGUUUGGGCCCCGGACUGAAUGGGAACAACAUCUCGCUGCUGAGCCCAGGGGUUGAGGGAUGGGCAUGUCUGAUAGUGCCAGGUUGGAAUGUCCUAAACCAGGCUGCGACCAUGUUUUACUGUUGGUGAGUCUCUUCUCCAAGCUUCUGAACUACCCCAGUCAAGAGCUGUUAGCCGCCAUUGGUAGGCAUCACAGCCUUCAGGCACCUCUCCUGGGCUGGGUCCCAUGUUUUCUCGACUUAAGCCUUCAUCUUCAGGCGCAUCGGCAGCUGAAGAAACGGUGCGUGCCUGAUGCUUUAGCACCCAUCUCUAGAGAUGAAUUCUGUCUUGCAUUCGGCUGUGUUAAUUCAGCCCAGUGCUGAGAUUCACACAUUUAGAUACUGUCCCGGCACGCAAGCGCGCCAUACGUUAUGCUCUAACGUGUCUGCUCAGUCGGGUUGCUCACAGCUAGGACAGCUAGGAAUGAACUUGCUGAUAAUUCUUGUCUUAGGACACACAUACGUGAUAGUGCCAGUGUGGUUUCACCACUGCACACCCCACCGCAUGUGUGCAUGUGCACGUGCACGAACACACACACACACACACACACACACACACACACACGCAUACAUAAUCACUCACGGCUGCAGGACUCCAUACUCAGCCAUCUCAGGGGAGCGGUAUCUAGCAUCUCACUAGAAGAAUCUGGACUUCCCCACCACUCACACAAGCCAGCUGUCCCUUCUCACACCGCUGGCCAUGUGGGUGUCCUCACUGGUGAAGAGUCUAUGUGUGACCCUUUUGCUCUUUAAAAAGAACUGGCUGGACAAUUCUCUAUGCAGUUCGGGUCAGCCAUUUCUGAUGUACCACAGAUAUUUCCUUUGUGGACAAAGAUCUCACGUGCUCAGGGUAACUUGAACGUCUGAUCCUCCUGCCUCCACUUCCCCAGUGCUGAGAUUACAGGUGUGUACACCACACCCAGUUCAUGAGGUGCUGGGGACCAACUGCAGGGCUCUGCAUGCUCAACAGGUCUCCAGCAACUGAGCCCUAGCUGACUGUCUCAGUGGAAACUUCACUGAGAGGAUCUCAACUUCUGACGAAGUCCAACAAACUUUUCCCAAGUAACCAUUCAGCUCAUUUAAGGGCGUGGCCUAACUUUAGGAAAACCAUUUUCCUGGCCUGUCAUGGUACGGUUUUUGUUGUUGCAGAUAGGUUUUCUGGAACUCCUUCUGUAGACCAGGCUGGCCUUGAACUCAGGCUGCCUCUGCCUCUUGAGUGCUGGGAUCAAAGGCAC